CCCGCCCUCCCAGACCCUCCUCUCCACAGACCCGCUGUCUCUUCUGCAGUUAAGGAGGGAGCCCUGGCGGCACCGCUGCGGUGCCGCACAGCCGUUCCGGGAGCCCGGGGUCCUCGGCCAAGACUGUAGUUUGCACACUGAAGGGCCUCGCACACGGCAGGUGACACAGCCACGGGCUCUGCGGGGCACACCCCCGCAGGGGAAGUGCGCUGGAGCCUGAAGACGCAGUCUCGACGGAGACCGAUCACGAACGCCGCAGCCCAGCAAGAGCCCGGCUUCCGCGCGGGGACUCGAACUCGUGGCCCGGUCGUCGCUUGGCUCCGGGCCAGGCCCGGCGGAAGCGCGGGCUAGCAGACCGGGCGCGGGCCCUCGGGGCGCAGGGACACCACCUCCGUGACCCAGGGGAGCCGCCCCCCGAGCUCAGCGGCCCGCCCACGGCUCCGUGCUGACCAAUUGCCGGGCGCGACGGAGGUAUAUUUGCAUGAGGGCGCGCCGCGACCAAUGAGCGGCUAUCCCAGGCGCUUGCGCGCCGGCGGCGGCGGGCCGCCCGCGGGCUCAGUUAGAGGAUGGCCGCGGCGGCGGCGGGUGGAGCCCCGGGCCCGGCCCCCGGCCCCGGCUCCGGCCCAGGUCCUGCAGCCAGGGCCCCGCCGCAGGCGCUGCGGAGGCGCGGGGACUCGCGGCGCCGGCAGGCCGCGCUCUUCUUCCUCAACAACAUCUCCCUGGACGGGCGGCCCCCAAGCCUGGGCCCGGUGGGCGAGAAGCCGCCGCCGCCGCCGCCGCCGCCCGCCGAGGCCCGCGAGCCGCCGGCGCCGCCGCCGCCCCCGGGGCCCGAGACCGCGCCCCCGGCCCCGCCGGGCCCGCCGGAACCGGGAACAGGGCCUCGGCGCCCCAGGGCCUGCUCAGCCCCGGCGCCCGCGCCCCCCGGCCUCGGCCUGGACCCGCAGCGCCACAGGAGGCGGGUCGCCUCCCAGCGCUGCUCCCUCGAGUUCCUGGAAGACGCGGUGGGAUGUCCCUCGGUUCCGAGGCCCAAGCACGUGCCCGGCUCCCCCAGACACAAGGGCCUGAAGAAGACCCACUUCAUCAAGAACAUGCGGCAGUACGACACCAGGAACAGCAGGAUCGUGCUGAUCUGCGCCAAGCGCUCCCUGUGUGCCGCCUUCUCCGUCCUGCCCUACGGGGAGGGCCUGCGGGUCAGCGACCUGCGGGUGGACAGCCAGAAGCAGAGGCACCCGUCCGGCGGCGUGUCGGUCUCCUCCGAGAUGGUGUUUGAGCUGGAAGGAGUGGAGCUGGGGGCCGACGGGAAGGUGGUGUCUUACGCCAAGUUCCUGUACCCCACCAACGCCCUGGUCACACAGAAGACAGACGGCCACGGCCCCCCGCCGCAGCCCCGGCCCAGCGUGCCCCGGGCCCUGCCGGCGUCCCGAUACAAGCCGGCUGCCGCCAAGCCCCCGCCCACCAGCACAGAGCUAGGCAGCGACACAGGGGAUGCCCUGGAGUACAACCCCAACCUGCUGGACGACCCGCAGUGGCCCUGCGGCAAGCACAAGCGCGUGCUCAUCUUCGCCUCCUACAUGACGACGGUGAUCGAGUACGUGAAGCCCUCCGACCUCAAGAAGGACAUGAACGAGACGUUCCGGGAGAAGUUCCCGCACGUCAGGCUGACGCUGAGCAAGAUCAGGAGUUUGAAACGGGAGAUGCGGAACCUCUCUGAGGAGUGCAGCCUGGAGCCCGUGACCGUGUCCAUGGCCUACGUGUACUUCGAGAAGCUCGUCCUGCAGGGCAAGCUCAACAAGCAGAACCGCAAGCUGUGCGCGGGCGCGUGCGUGCUGCUGGCGGCCAAGAUCAGCAGCGACCUCCGCAAGAACGAAGUGAAGCAGCUCAUCGACAAGCUGGAGGAAAGGUUCCGGUUCAACAGACGGGACCUAAUCGGGUUCGAGUUCACGGUGCUCGUGGCCCUGGAGCUUGCUCUCUAUCUCCCCGAGAACCAGGUGCUACCUCAUUACAGGCGCCUCACGCAGCAGUUCUAGCGGGGGCGCUGCACCGGCCACCCCUGGCGCCCGCCCCACUCGGCGCACCCCCACUGUGGGCCCCGCGGGCUGUGCCCAGGCGGGGAGCUGCACUCCGGUCCCACUGCCCCCGGGCAGGGGCGCCAGGCCCCGCCCACACACGCUCGCUCUCCUGGGGGCGUGGCUCUGGUUCCCAGGCGCAGUACACCUUCCUGGCGUUUCCCAGCGUUCCUGCGCUCUCACGUGGACACAGCGUGGGACACGGGCGUCCUCCCGGGCCGAGGCUGGUCCCGCACCAGGACCUCAGAUUUAACAUCACGGCCUCUGCCCCCAUCUCUGCACUGCCUCGCCUCCCACGCAGGGUCACAGCCCUCUGCACAGGCCCGGCCUCCCCGCCUGGGCAGCCUGGUGCUGGACACAUGGAGGUCGCUGCAGUUACGUGAUGAAGCAUUAAUCCUGACUGUUGGGGGUUUGGUGUGAACACAGCGCUGUGGACACAACCCCAGCCUGUGGCCCGGCUCCAGUCCAGCCGCCUGGCCCGUACACACACAGCCCUGGAGUCUGUCAGGCCAGCAAGAGCGACUCUUGUUCCUGUUGACCACUUCUGUUCUCGGGCCUCUGCUGUCCCAGGCAUCGGGUCACCACGAAGCCCUGCUGCCCAAGUGUCACGCCGUACCCUGACAGGCCUUGGCACACGUGUCCACCCCACACGGACACUGCCCUCCGCUGCCCACCAGGAGAGCACCACUGGGCUGUGGCACCGGACCUUCAGGUGACCGGUGCACGGCUGGCUCCUGAUCUAAGCAAUACCAUGGCAGAAAAGCAGCCUAUUCAUCGUCACGUGGGACCCUGGCCUGCGGGGUCUUUUUCCAGAGGGAACAAAGGCUGGUCGAACAAAGCAUGCAAGGCUGACCUGAAACUACACUUGACCCUCAAGUGGGGAGAAGACUGGGAGGUGACUGUGACUCCCAAGCCAGCCUGGGCCAUGCCAGCAUGACCACGUUUGGCUUUGCAGGCCUGCGUCAUCCUUGCAUGAGCUGUGACGUCAUUCCCCGGCUCGCCACCCUGCCCAGAACACUAAGAACCAAGGACUGGCAAAUCAGCCCAUCUGGGCCACACUGCCUGGGCCAUGGAACUGCUUUGCCAGCGCGCCACAAACCUGUCACUGAGGGGGCUCUGGGCCGGCCCCCACCCCGCACCCCUCACAGAAAGGCCCACUGUGCUCAUGACAGCACCCAGCCACCAGCAACUCGGCCUGGACCCCGGCGGGGAGCACCGCCAACCCCCUGCAGGCCCGUCCCCACGUCUGCACCCCAACUGGCCUCACUCCCCCCCCCAUCCUGGGCCCAAGCUGAGUGAGGUGGAAGGUGCCAGCUGCUAGGCCCCAGGAGAGCAACCUCCGGGCCCCCGUAGCAUCUCAAGGACACGUCUGUGACAAGCACUGUCGCCCCAAAAGUCCUGGUUUACAACUCAGCCUCAAGGAACCCACCCGCCCAGUGGUUUCUGUACAGCUGUAGAGCCGCUGACCAAUGCCGUAACUUAAGUUUGCCUAUUUAUGUCAUAGAUCUAGUCGUUUGUCGACCCCGUCUGCCCUCCCCACCCGUGUCCGUGUCCCUUCCGGUAGCACCGAGCUGCCACUGUGUGGCUCUCAGGAGUCCCUGCAGCGAAGCCAAGGUUCCACCAGACCUCAGCCGGAACGCCGUCCUCUAGAGCAAGCCCCGGCACCUGAGGGGUGGGUGUCGAGGGCCAAGGGCCCCUCCGUCCGCUCCCAGGAGCAGUUGUGGAUUUUCAAUGGAUGUUAAGCAACUACCUGACCUCAACACUGAGUCACGUCACAGGUGUUUGUAUUUGUGCUCUCGAGUAAAACGUGGUUUCGCAGCA